AUGAAUCAGGAUACAUUUCCAAGUAAUCGUAAUAAUUAUCGAAUCUUCCGCAAUAAUAACUUUCGUCAAAAUAAUUAUCGUCAAAAUAUUCGAAGUCAAAGUGUUAAUCGUCGUUACGAUAAUGGUGGCUAUGGUUUUAAUAGUCGACCAUCGAUUCAACCACAACGAAGUCGAUCAAGACAACGCAAUCAAAAUGGUCCACGAGUAUUACGAUUAAAUGACUAUAUGCCUCCUGAACUUCGAGACGAUUCACCUAAUUUCAACCCUGUAUCGGCAGCAAUAACUGCGCCAAAUACUCGACCAGUUACACCAAUCGAUGCCUUGCCCCAACGCCAAAAUUUUGCAACUGAUAUCACUCAACCAUUUGGAGUGAGUGAUCAGAGUGAAGCACUAGUACCACGACGACAAGAAAGAAACGGUCGACAACACCAAGGUGAAAAUACAACAUCUUCAUAUCGUCGUCGACAACGUCGUGUUCGACAAAGGCAAUAUCGAGAAAUGAUCGAUAAUACUAAUCGAUUCAAUGUCUUAUUGGAUGAAGUCGGUCCUGAUGAUACUGAAGAACAACAAAGUGACCCAAAUGCUAACAAUAGCCGAAUGAAUGUUAAGUCAUCGAAGAAACAAAAGCUUCGCCUCUACUUGGAACACAAUCGUAUUAUGUCUUAUUUACAAAAGAAUUGUUCCACUUCUAUCAAUAGUCGAGGCAAUCAAGCCUAUGUUCUUGCUGCAACACCAAUCUAUGAUGAAUGGGUCCGUAAUAAUUAUGAAUUACAAGUAUGGCAAGCUUAUUUAAAAAUGGGUAUGGAACAAAAACAUUGGAGCAAAGAAAUCAUACAACGUACGAAGAGACGAGAUGAUGUCACUUGCACUCGAUUCGUACAAAAGAAGAUCAACCAAUUAUUAGCCAAAAUUGCCCAAGCAAAUGCCACAAUAUCUGAUUUACAAAUUCAACUGAAUAUUUAUUGGAAUCAAUUAACAAAUCCUAUUGUUCCACCAGCUACAACAACCACUAAUACCACUAUUUCAACAAUAACUGCAACACCAGUAAUAACAACUGAAUCGACAGUAGGUCGACGUGACCCAGUCGAUCGAAUUGAAAAAUUAAUUCUUAAAUAUAUUCAUCAAUGUACACAACAUGUCAAGAAAUUAUCUGAAAAUAAAAUUAAGAUGGCGAAAAUGCAGAUGGAAGAAUUCAAAGCCUUACAAGAUUUUGAACAAAUUGCUACUCCAUUACAAUGGAAUAUUCAUUUAACAUUGAAACCAAAGAUGAAGUUAUGGCCGACAACGAAUAAAAAUUUACAAGUUGCCUUGAAACGAGUUGAAUAUGAUUUACCACCAAAUUUUAUUGCCAAAACUGAUUUUAAUUUCAAAAUUGACGAGUCAGUGAUCGGACAAGAAGAAGCUCAAGAAUUGUACAAUCAAAUGAGACAAGUGACAAAAGAUUACCGCGUAAAAGCAAUGACUGUCUACAUACAAGCAUUAACUCGUGAACAAGAAUUGGUGUUGAAUGAAAUCAAACAAAUUAUUGAAGGAUUCCCAAAAGAAAAUGAUCAAGAUAGAAUUGAUUCUCAACCAUCCAUUGCUGCUUUUAAAAGUUAUCAUGAAUUACGGCGAACCGGACAAUCCCGAUCAACCAGUGGUCGUUGCCCCGGCUCUGACACGUUCGCUGGGCGAGGAUUUCUUACUCCAGCUAUAAUUAAUCAAGCAAAUAUUUACCUUACAGAUGAAGAGGAAAAAUUAUUGAAGUUAGGUCCAAAAUUUAUUUUUAAUGAGCCAGCUAUAGCAGCUCGAAGACGUACAAUUGAGUUGGCAACUUUAAAACGAAAAAUUGAACAAAAAUUUCAUGAAAAGAAAGUAUGCCCCGGUCGUCCAGUUAAUCAAUUUAUUGCUGAAUUAGACCUGUUAUUACAAAAAUUACAUGCUACUCCUAUUCCUCUUCAUCGACGAUGCCUAAAUAAUUCAAAAGAUAAUCAUUUUAUCCUCGAGAUUCCUAGUCAAUCAAUUGUUCCCACUCAAUCUGUAAAAAUUAUUUCUAAGAGAAAGAAGAAUUACUCUCGUUUAGUAAAACGAUUAAGGCAUAAAUUUCGAUUAAAUAAUGUUAUUCUUCAAAAAACAGAUAAAUCUAAAGUCUUCCAUCUGGGUAAAUUAGAAGAUUAUCAAAAGAAAUCUCAAGAAUAUAUGGAAAAGACUCAAGCCUAUCGAUGUUUGGGAACUAAUGAUCCCUUACCCGAUCUAAUUCAACGAACCAAUAAAUAUUUAUUAGAUCUUCGAUUAGCUAAAUGGAUUACACAAAAACAGUAUGAACUGUUAUGUAUUAAACCGAAUGAAGUCGAGCUAGCACAUUUAUAUUAUCUACCCAAAGCUCACAAACUAGGUACACCACUUCGUCCAUUUAUAUCUGGACUUCGUCAUCCUACAAUAAAAAUUUCCAAAUUUCUUGAUGAUCUUUUACGUCCAUUAUUUAAUGAAAUGGCUAAACAGACAACAAUCGAUUCUGGUUUUGAAUUAAUCAAAAAAUUAGAAAAAUGGUCUGAACAUAAAUUAAACGAUAAAACAUUAUUGUGUACAAUUGAUGUCACAGAUUUAUAUACUAUGAUUCCACAAAUCGAAGGAAUUUUAUCAUUAAAGAAAAUGCUUGAUUCUUUGAAAUUGCAACAAAUUGCUGGCUUAAAGACUGAAACAAUAAUUCGUUUAAGUCGAUUCGUGAUGAAAAAUAAUUAUUUUUAUUAUGAUGGUAAAUAUUAUCAUCAAAUUCGAGGUGAAGCUAUGGGAUCUCCCUUAACUUUGACUAUAGCAAAUUGUUAUAUGUUCUUUUUUGAACGAAAAAUAGUCAAUCAAGUGAACAAUAGUGGUGGUCUUUAUCUUCGAUAUAUUGAUGAUAUAUUUUUAGCGAUAAAUUGGCCAGAAAGACAUUUAAAGAAACAAAUUGAAAAUUGGAAUCAAAUAGAUGAAAACAUAAAACUAAAAGCUCAUAUUGGAUAUUCAACUAAUUUUCUUGAUUUACUUAUGGAAAAUAAUAAAGGUCAAUUAAUAACCCAAGUUUACCAUAAACCAUCGUAUGAACCAUAUUAUUUACCAUUCAAUAGUAUUCAUCCUAUGCAUAUGAAGAAGAAUAUUGCUUUUGUAUUAUUUUUAAGAGCUAUUCGAUAUUGUUCAUCCUUUCACCUAUUCAUUAAUGAACGUGAAGCCUUCCGAAUCGGACUUCUAUUGAAUAAAUAUCCUAAUGAAUUGAUUCAGAAACAAUUUGACCUAGUACUACAGAAAUUCAGAAUUAACGAUCUAAUUUCAAUUCAAAAUUAUAAUCAAAUUCGUAUGAGAAUUAACUCUUCUAAGGAGAAUCGCGAGAAAUUACCAAUCGAUUAUGAAGAAGUUUUAUUCGUUCAUUUCACUUAUUGCUUUAAUAUGAGGACAUUUCCAAUCCGAUUUCAUAAUCUCUGGAAGAAAUAUUUUUCUAAUUCUCCAAUCAAUGAUAUCCAACCUAUAUUAGGGACACGAAAUGCUAAUAAUUUACAACAACAUUUAAUCCAUACAAAAAAUAAACUUUACUUUGACCUCAUGAAUAAGAGUUAG